AUGAAUAUUUCUACUGUUGAUCAUCCAGUAAAUUCGAUUUCAUAUCCUCGAGCUAAUAUACUUACAAAAACUGAUCUAUUUGAUUCAUCAUCGGGUCUACCAUCCAUUAAUCGUCUUGUUCAACAUUUACAAGCUAAAGAUCGUCUUGAUGAACAAUGUGCUUUACAUCUCGUUAAUCUUGCUCAACAAACACUCGAACGUGAACCGAAUAUUUUAGUUAUUCAAAAUCAUGAAACUCGUCAAAUGGCUGAAGCAUUUCAAUUUAAAUUGGAAUGUCAAAAGAAAUAUGGUUCAAUGUCACUCUACGAUGCUUGUAUGAUCGCUUUCGAUACAUUGCCCAUUUGUGCUGUCAUUGAUUCACGUUUUCUAUGCAUGCAUGGUGGUAUCCCACCCGAUAUUCAGACUCUAUCCGAUAUUGAAAAAUUGAAUCGUUUCAUGGAAAUACCUUAUUCAGGUCCUCUUUGUGAUUUCCUUUGGUCUGAUCUAAGUGAAGAUUUUGAUCAAGUCGACGAGAAACAACCGGAUUUUAAACCAAAUAAUGUCCGUGGAUGUUCUCAUUUCUUUUCGUAUAAUGCUUGUCGAAAUUUCUUAUUUCGAAAUAAUCUUUUAUUAAUUAUUCGCGAACAUGAAGUACAAAAAGAUGAUGUAAAAUUCUUUCGAAAAUCCUCUCAAACCAAAUUUCCUGUCUUAAUUUCCCUGUUUUCAGCACCUAACGAAUGUGAUGUAUAUAAUAAUGUUGCUGCUAUACUUAAAUUGGAUGCAAAUCAACAAAUAUCUGUUGUACGUAUUGAAGCAUAUGAGCAUCCAUUUGUUAAACCUAACUAUGGAAAUGCAUUUCAAUUUGGCGAACGAUUCAUUACUUAUUAUACUACUCAUAUACUUCUUUCACUUUUCAAUAUGUAUUCACCAGAAGAAUUAGCUGCUGAAGAUGGACGUCAAGAUAAAACUGCUGUUGAAUUAUUGAAUAAAACACGAUUGAUUGAAACAAUGGAUCAAGCGUAUAGUGAAUUGAAAGAGACAAAUAAUAUUGUACUGAAUCUAGCUGGACUAACACCUUCUUAUCAUGCUUAUAAAAAUUUAUUGGCUCAACCCAAGGGGGAAACAGCUGAAAUCAGAUUUUUUUGCUUUUUUUAA